UUUCAUUUGUGAUAUGUGAAAGGUAUUCGUGUGUGAUUUAAUAAUAUUUGUAUUUUUUCAAGGUUGUCUGUGAAAUCCUUGGGCAGUCGUUGAACACAAAAUCUAUGCAGACUUUAGCGCCAUGUACAUAUGUUGAUAACAUGGUUGACCGGUGUUGUGAAGAGGGUUCAUUUUAGUUCUUUAUAUGCGGGCCAUAUUAUCAAUGAUUAUAGGAAAAUGGAAAAAAAUCAACAUGUGUAUACCCUUCGUAAUUACGCGACCUAUAAGUUGUUUAUGUCAUUUUGCCAUGAUGAACACUGGUGGUGCUAUGCAGUGAACCUCAAAACAUUACGAAUAUCUAUCAUUGACUCAUUAAACAAGGCUGUGAAAGAUCGUAAGAGGAUUGACACAUUUGUGGAUCAAAAUAUGGCGAAAUGUUUUUGUAUGUUAUACAAUAGACCCGAAGGGAGUAUUGCUCAUUUGUUUGUUCAAGUAUCAAACAUACCAUCCCAACCAAACUUAUUCGAUUGUGGAGUGAUAAUUUUAAAAGCAGUGGAAAUUUGGGAUGGAGAGGACAAAUAUAACAGCAUGAGCAUGCCGCAAUAUACGAAUGAGGAGUUGCGUGAAAUUAGAAAGAACUACGUAAAGGACUGGAUCCUGGACAACGACAACAUUGCAAGAAUGGAAGCGCUACAUAAAUAUGGGUUUUUGCAGGAUUGUUAAGAUUUGUUACAUCUUUAUAUGUAUUUCAAAUACAUUGUACACUGUACAAAUGACAUAU